GCAGAUAGACUUAACUUUAUAAAGUUUUUUUUUUUCCUUUAUUUUUUUUUUUCAUUGCGAUUAAAAUAUAUUUGCCAUCAUCAUUAUUAUUUUGCCUGCUGUCAAGUUAUUCUAAAAUUAGGAAGUAAUGAGCGUGGAUGCUUUGGGAAGCCCCGUGAUGGACCCUGCGUUUUCCAAACGGAACACGGCGCUGAGAUUAGUUGACUUGGCAGGGGCUCACCACCAUCACCAUCAUCACCACCAUACCCCUCAGAGCGUGACAGGCUUCCCGGGGUUCGGCAGCCAUCCACACUCAAUGGCUCACUCGCACCCUGGGGAGAUUACUGCGGAACCCCGCCUGGGGCCGAGUCCAUUCGGGCCAGAACACAUGGGGCACUCCGCGGCCCUCAAAAUCAGCCCAGCCCAUCAUUAUCCUCACCACCAUCACCACCACCACAAUCAUCAUAUGGCAGGCCACAGUGAAGUGGUCUCCAGUCAAACGGGAGCUUUUGGCCCGGUUCAGCCGUCGUCGGUCCCUUAUUCUAUGCCCCAUACGGCCCAGGCUCUAUCCGCAGGUAGGGAUUUCCUCAUCCGGAGAGAUCUGACGGCUCAAGCCAUGCCGGUACUGACCGACCAGACUGCUGGUCCAGCUUCUCACCACGGAAUGUUUGUCUCAACAACAGGUAGCUAUCCCGGACACUAUGGUCACCACCCUGACGCAGGGAACCACACCACCCUCUUCUCCGGACUCCACCACGAGCAGCCUUCCAGCGGAUCACCGGGUGGCCAGGCGCUGAAUGGACAAAUAAGGUUAGGACUACCUGGAGAAAUGUACGUUCGGUCUGAUCACUUGAGUCAAGUAGCAAGCUCCAGGGCUGAUCCCUUCUCCGCCUCGCCUCUGCACGGCUACGGCGGUCUGAAUCUAAACAUGAAUCUCGGCGCUCACCACCACCACCACCACCACCACCCGCACCAUCCCCACCACCACCACGGAGGACCGGGGGCUUUUUUCCGCUACAUGAGGCAGCCGAUAAAGCAAGAGCUGAUUUGCAAGUGGCUGGAGCCGGAGCACUCGCCCAAGAAACUCUGCUCUAAAACUUACAGUACCAUGCACGAACUCGUCACGCAUGUGACGGUGGAGCACGUCGGAGGACCGGAGCAGGCGAACCACAUAUGUUUUUGGGAAGAGUGUCCGAGGGAAGGCAAGCCGUUUAAAGCGAAAUACAAACUGGUGAAUCACAUUCGAGUACACACCGGUGAGAAACCGUUUCCCUGCCCCUUUCCUGGCUGCGGUAAAGUGUUUGCAAGAUCCGAGAAUCUAAAAAUUCAUAAAAGGACACACACAGGCGAGAAACCCUUUAAGUGUGAAUUCGACGGCUGCGACCGGCGCUUCGCCAACAGUAGCGACAGGAAGAAGCAUUCCCACGUGCACACCAGCGACAAGCCCUACAACUGCAAAGUCCGGGGCUGCGACAAGUCCUACACGCACCCCAGCUCCCUGCGGAAGCAUAUGAAGGUGCACUGCAAGUCCCCCCCGCCCAGCUCGGGCUAUGAGUCGUCCACUCCCUCUCUGGUGUCCCCGUCUUCGGACUUGGGUCGGGAGCCAGCCGGGGCGCAGUCGAUGGUGUCAGAGCCGCCGGUGGGGGCAUCUCAGCAGCAGCAGCCAGCUAAUUUAAGCGAGUGGUACGUGUGCCACAGCUCAGGUGCGAGCGGUGGCCAGACACCACCCAGCGGCCACUCCACGCCCGACCCUUCGGAGGAACCUGCUUACAGGAACCCCCAACCAAGGGACGCGUUUUGAGUUCCUCGCCAGCACUCAUUUCCAAACACUCAACUUCUCAAAUGGUUUGGCGUUAGUGCCUAUGUACCUGUGAGGGCCCUCCGGUCCACUCUCCUCCACAUACCCCCAGUCCCUUGUUUUGUUUUGGAUAAGCCACCAAAACUGGUACUCAGAGCCAAGAGACGCACUUAACUUCAAUGGAUGGAAAAUGCGCAAUCCUUCCAGACGUGCUUUCAAGUAACAGGAGCAUAUAUUAUUAUUAUUAUUAUUAUUAUUAUUAUUAUUAUUAUUAUUAUUAUUAUUAUUAUUAUUAUUAUUAUUAUUUUGAAGUUUAUCCAAAACUGAUGGAUGGGUGCUUCCCCUGCGAGUUGUUCCACUUGUGGAGAGUCGUGUUAAUCUCAUUAGACUGUCGUACAUUAUUGUAUGCUGUAGGCAUGAGGAUGUGCAACUUUUUUUUUUUUUUUUUUUUGUAAAAAAACAACAAAAAAACAAAAAAAAUACUUUCUGCCUUCAGUAUAAUUUUUUUAUUUAUUUUUCAAUCUGAAAUGGAGGUAUUUUUUAGGAUCGAACCAAAGUGCAUGUUUUCAAAACCGGAGCAGAAUUGUACAUUUGUAAAUUUUGUACAAGUUUUAAUGUGUUUGGAUGUUGACUAGAUUUGUAAGGAGCGGUUUACAUCUUUUGUAUUAUUUUAUUUUAUUUGCAAUGGAUUUGUGCAAAAAAAAAGAAAAGAAAAAGGAAGAAAAACAAAACGCCCCAGCUGUUUCAUAAGCUUACAGUAUUUCGUAUAUGACGUCAAUUAUAAAUGUUUUAUCAAAGUAAAAAAAAAAAAAAGAAAGAAAUCUGGUGAUUUUUGUAUCAUUGUCUGUUUUUAAAUUUAUUUUUGUUUUAUCUUAAAAUUGAGCACUAAAUGCGUACCGAACUGCCUUGUAUUUUGUGAGUAUUUGGAAUAAAUCUUGUAUGAAA